GUGCUUUUGCGGCACAUCAGCUUGUCGAACACGCAAAACGCUGCAAACUGUCGUGAGAAGGACAGUAGUAUACACCACCGACCCUCGGCAACGGCUGCUGCACAGAAAUAGCAGCCAAUUUGCUCUCAUCUCUCACACAAGUGAGUGCUCUCCCCAGCACACACGCUCGACGCGACACAGAUGAAGCUCUACCUCCUCGCAGCAGCUGCCCACGCCCUCAAGGCGCCGACCAGGCGCUCACUAAUAGCCGCGACAGGCGCUGCACUGGUGGCACCCCUCACGGGACAACCAGCCGUCGCCGCGAACGAUGAAUUAGUAGACGUCUACUUCGGCUGCGGCUGCUUCUGGCACGUCCAGCACGAGUUUGUGGAGGCCGAAAGAAAAAUUCUAGGCCGCAAAGACAAGGAACUGACGAGCAGGGCGGGCUACGCGGGCGGGAACAACGGAAAAACACAACCGUGCUACCACAACCUCCAGGGCAAGAACGACUACGGGAAAUUGGGCCACGCCGAGGUCGUCGGCAUGAAGAUCCCGGCCUCGAAGUACGAGGACUUUGCGCGCGAGUAUUUCAAGCUCCUCGGACCGGAUGGAAGCCGGCCGGACCAAUUUGGGGAUAGAGGCCCGGAAUACAGGAACUUAAUAGGCGUGCCGGGCGGGAAGGAGAGCCCCUUCGUCCAGAGUCUACUGAGCGCCACGAAGAAAGAAGGCGACAAGGUCGACUUUGCGAAAGGGAAAGGUAAUGAUGCCGACCUGAAGGCGCUGGUCUGGAUCAUGGACACGGACCAACACCCGUUCUGGCGCGGCGAGACCUACCACCAGUUCCACGACGGGUUUGCCCGGGGCGAGAACUACCCGGACGCGUACAACUCGCUUCGGGACGGGCUCCUGGAGGACACGGCGUGCCCGCCCUUCUAAGUGUGUCUUGUGGUAUUUUCGCGUCGACGGCGUCACUUGUAGAAACACAACCUAGG